CCAUUAUUCCAAGAACGAGAUGUCAAACAGUGGGCCAUUUAUGUUCUUCUUCAUUCUUAUGUUGAAUAAGAAUGAAAGCACGUAAUGAAGGGAGGAAAGAUCGUGAGUCUUUCCCCUUUAUAUUGGUCAUGAGCUCUAGUAAGUGUAAAACUUCUUGUUGAAGUUACUUCAAUCUUCACAUUCACAAGUGAAGGAUGGAUAGAAUGCAUGUUGAAGAAGAGAAUAUGGUUGCACUCUAUCAAGCCUCUCUCAAUGGGUGUGUAAGCACCUUGAACACCUUGAUCCAAACGGAUCCACUUCUCCUUAAUAAAGUUUCACUCACAUCUUUUAGUGAGACCCCCUUACACAUUGCAGCUUUGCUUGGCCACCUUGAAUUUACUAGAGUUCUUGUCAGCAAAAAAUCUAAACUUGCAGAAGAGGUAGACUCGUCGGGACGAACUCCUCUCCACUUGGCUUCUGCUGAGGGCCACACCGAGAUUGUAAAAGCAUUGUUGCAAGCAAAUACAAGUGUUUGCUUUUCUUUUGAUCAAGAUGAGAAAAUUCCUCUCCACUUUGCCGCAAUGAAAGGAAGAAUAGAGAUCAUAAAAGAGUUAAUUAUUGCUCAACCAGAGUCCAUCAGGGUGAAUCUCAAUGGAGACAGUGUUUUGCACUUGUGUGUUCGCUACAAUCAUUUGGAUGCUCUGAAAUUGCUAGUGGAAUCUGCUGAUUGCGAUGAAUUUCGCAACUCCAAAGACCAUGAUGGUAACUCAACAUUGCAUUUAGCUGUGAUGCUCAAACAAAUUAAGGCCAUAAAAUACUUACUUUCAUUAGCGGAAAUAAAAAGAGAUGCUAAUGCCAUGAACAAGAUUGGUUACACAGCUUUAGAUGUCGUAGAGAUCUGUCCAAGAGACUUUAAAUGUUUUGAAAUCCAAAGCAUUUUAAAGGAAGCCGGUGUCAAAAGAUCAAUCGAUCUAAAUUCUUCCCUACCAUUAACACCGAGUCGUAUUGUUACUAUUGAUGAAGCUCGACUAGCACUGUCUAGACAGCCAACUCGAUCAAGUUUCAGGAGAUGUUGGGGAUACGUGUGUUCAUCAUUAGUAAAACACUUGAAGUACCAGGAAAAUUGGAUCGAGGAAACACGUGGUACAUUGAUGGUAGUGGCCACUGUGAUUGCAAGCAUGGCUUUCCAAGCUGGAAUCAGUCCACCAGGUGGCGUUUGGCAACAAAAUACAUCCAAUUCCACCGGUUCCAAUUGUGGGGAAGAUGAUAUAUGUCAAGCUGGCAAAGCAGUUUUAUCUUAUUCCAGUUCCAAUUUAAAUGAAUACCGAUAUCGAUCCUUCAUAUCUUGCAAUACCAUCUCGUUCAUUGCAUCUGUGUGCGUCCUAUUUUUAGUCAUUAGUGGAUUUCCUCUUACGACCAACUUCUUUAUUUGGUUUUUGACUUUAAGCAUGAGUAUCUCAGUCGCGUCCAUGACAUUUGCCUAUUUAUUUGCAGUGGCUUUGGUGACCCCGGUUGAAGUAUUUUCUGUAUAUGGCUCAUUGGUCGACAUAUUAGCAGAGAUUUGGUUUGGAGUGAUUGUGAUUGUUAUUGUGACUCACAUUAUUCGCCCACUCUCUUGGAUGGUGAAGAAGUUGCGUAAUUUUAGACGCAAGUCAAUAACGGGUCAAGCAUAAAACCAAGCUAAUGUCUAAGAGGAAAAUUCGGGUGAUCAUAAUUUGGGUUUAGUAUUUUAGAAUAAAAAUAUUAUCAAGUUAUUGAUAAGAAAGAAGUUGUUAGGGGUAAGGUUUAGGUAAUCUCAUUGUAAUAUUUGUCUUUAGGCCGUUUAUUGAUAUAUAUGUUCAUUAGUCAUUGAAUUCUACUAGGAUU